AAGUACAUCCAGAAUGUCUUCUCUCGCCAUACAGUGCAUUUGGUAUUUUGGCUGAAAGGAAACAAGCAGAACUCUGGACUUCCAGGGCAAAGAUGGAGCCGCAAGAUCCAGUCAAGAGGGAAGGGAGGCUGACAGCCGUGAUUGUUCUGGCGACGCUGAUAGCUGCCUUUGGGUCGUCCUUCCAGUAUGGGUACAACGUGGCUACUAUUAACUCUCCUUCUGAGUUCAUGAAAGACUUCUACAACUAUACCUACUAUGACAGAGUCGGUGAAUACAUGAACGAGUUCUACUUGACCUUGCUGUGGUCGGUUACUGUGUCCAUGUUUCCCUUCGGAGGCUUCCUCGGCUCUCUCAUGGUCGGCCGCUUGGUGAAUAACCUAGGCAGAAAAGGAACCUUGCUGUUCAACAACAUCUUCUCCAUCGUGCCUGCGCUCUUAAUGGGAUUCAGUGACCUCGCCAAGUCAUUUGAGAUGAUAAUUGUGGCCAGGGUCUUGGUGGGAAUAUGUGCAGGUCUGUCUUCCAAUGUCGUCCCCAUGUACUUAGGGGAACUGGCCCCUAAGAACUGGAGGGGCGCCCUGGGGGUGGUACCCCAGCUCUUUAUCACCAUCGGAAUCCUUGUGGCCCAGAUCUUUGGUCUUCGGAGUCUCCUGGCCAACGAAGAAGGCUGGCCCAUCCUCCUCGGAUUGACUGGGAUCCCCGCCGUGCUGCAGCUCCUCUUCCUGCCCUUCUUCCCUGAGAGCCCCAGGUACCUGCUGAUUCAGAAGAAAGAUGAAGAAGCUGCCAAACGCGCUCUGAGGAGGCUGCGUGGCUGGCACGAUGUGGACGCAGAGAUAGAGGAGAUCCUGGAGGAGGACAGGGCUGAGAAGGCUGCGGGCUUCAUCUCCGUGCUGAAGCUGUUCAAGAUGAGGUCCCUGCGGUGGCAGGUCAUCUCCAUCAUCGUCCUGAUGGCGGGCCAGCAGCUCUCCGGAGUGAAUGCGAUCUACUACUACGCAGACCAGAUUUACCUGAGCGCCGGGGUGAAAGAGGACGAUGUCCAGUAUGUGACGGCAGGCACUGGUGCUGUCAACGUGCUGAUAACCAUCUGCGCCAUUUUCGUGGUGGAACUUAUGGGGAGGAGAUUCCUGCUCCUCCUGGGCUUCUCUGUCUGUUUCACUGCCUGCUGCGUGCUGACGGGGGCCUUGGCUAUGCAGGACGUGAUAUCCUGGAUGCCCUAUGUCAGCAUCGCCUGUGUCAUCUCCUACGUCAUAGGUCAUGCCCUUGGGCCCAGUCCCAUCCCCGCACUGCUCGUCACUGAGAUCUUCCUGCAGUCCUCCCGGCCAGCUGCCUACAUGGUAGCGGGUACUGUUCACUGGCUCUCCAACUUCACUGUGGGCUUGGUCUUCCCAUUCAUCCAAGUGGGCCUUGGAGCUUACAGUUUCGUCAUUUUUGCUGUGAUAUGUUUUCUCACCACCGUCUACAUCUUCCUGAUCAUCCCUGAAACCAAGUCCAAGACCUUCAUAGAAAUCAAUCAGAUCUUCAUCAAGAUGAACAAAGUGCCAGGGGUGCACCCAGAAAAGGAGGAGCUAAAGGAGUUUCCACCCUCGACUGCAAGGCAGUAACUUGAGAGGAGGAGCCCAUCAAUAGGAUCUGGGUAGACCUUCUCUCCUACUCUAUGAAUCCAGAAUAAGGACAAGUUCAGCGUGGAAUGCAGGCACUGCUGGGACUGUCCAAAGGGCUUCUGUGCAGUUCUUAAAGCCAGGCUGUCUCUUUCUAGAUUGACCUAUCGCCAACCCUGACGCAUGGUGGGCAGCUGUCCUUCAACCAUGCUGGUUCAGCCAUUGUGUGGCUCCUGGUAAGACCAGCUCCUAUCACAAAAAUCAUUACCAUGAUGUCAAGACAGAAGGAAUCAAAUGUGGUUAAAGAAGCUAUCUCUCCUCCAAUCCCAUUGUCUUCCAGGAGCCACAGGCAUGUAUUCAGAGUGGAAUCCCUCCUCUCAUCAGAUCCAUUUCCAGAAACACUAGUCUUGGAAAGUGUGAUGUCACAAAUAAUGUCUAGGAAUCUGGGAAGCAGAUCCCCAUGGAGAAUUUAACCAAGUCAGAGAUUACUGAUCCCAAAUUAUAUUAUUACAGGACCAUGGCAUUGCCUCUGUAUACUCAAUAAAACAAAUAUAAUCACUUUUCA